AUGGAUGCUGAGGUGUUUCAGAAGGUGGAGAAGAUCGGGGAGGGCGCCUAUGGCGUGGUGUACAAGGCUCGCAACAAGCGCACGAAGCAGCUGGUGGCCCUCAAGAAGAUCCGCUUGGACUUGGAGACAGAGGGUGUCCCCAGCACUGCGAUCCGAGAAAUCUCGCUGCUGAAGGAGCUGAAGCACCCCAACAUAGUCAGGCUCCUGGAUGUUAUACACAGCCAGAAGAACCUCUAUCUGGUGUUUGAGUAUCUGAAUCAGGACCUGAAGAAAUACAUGGAAUCCCGAACUGGAGAGCUUCCUUCAAGUUUGGUCAAG